AUGGACGAGCCAGACAUGACCCAGGAAGCUGCCUCCUCCUCGCCAGCCGAGGUACUUCACGCGACGUGUCUACAGCAUACCGCGUGGGACGCUCUCCUGCGCCAGCUGGCAGAGGUUCAACGGCGAAUGGAGCAACGCUUGGAGGCUAUUGAUGUCGAACUACAAUACCUGGAGACCUUUCGCGGCGGCAUUGCAUCGGAGGUGCGCAGUGAAUCGUCACCUCGUCGCCGCUCUGUUACUGUUCCCUCCCCCAGAGAGGGCGGAAAGAGGAGCCGCGAUGAAGCCCCGUUUGUCGGGUACGCGAUGACGUCUCCGAGGCCGCGGGGCGAGGUGGGAGCACUGGGCUUGGACCCGUUUCGUGAAGCGGGCCUCUACACGAUCUCCAACAAUCCCGUAGUGCGUGUUGCACCGCUGUCUCUGAGCAGAGACGAAAAGGCGCGUCAGGAGGUGGAGUAUAUACUGCCAAGUUACAUCCCAGUUGGGGUGGCGAGAGCAAAGGGAUUGCCUUCUGCCGGAGCCGCGCGACUUUUCGAGUCGCUGUCCGCGGCAGGGCUGGACAAGCGCGACUUUGCUCUCUCGAGCACCUCCGUGGGACGGUGUCUCAGCGUUCACAUACCUCCCAAUACAAGCGAUGUCCAGGCGCUUUGUGCCGAGGUCCCAGAGGAGCUGGUGCGCGCGCUAUGCCGCGACAGCAUGGGGGAUCCCGGGGUCAUUGCAAGCUGCCUUUACACGGAGUUGGCCCAGCAGGCAACACUGCACGCGCUCAUUCUGCCCGCAAUGCGCCUGCGCAGUGUGACGCUGCUGCGACUGCCGCCCUACCGGCAGCAGCUCCUGCUAGAGGCGACAAUGUGGACGCUGCGGAAGUGCUGCGACUGCCGCGAUCGUGACCUGACCGAGAACUCGCACGUGCGAUGGUGCAAGGUUCUACAGAGUGCGGCGCCUGAGACACAGGCGUGUGCGAAUCUGAAGCGGAACGCAUACGCCACCGGCUACUCUCAGCUGCUGCACGGACUCAACGUAGUCUCGAGCGUCCGACAGGGGUAUCUUGUCGCUGUGCUCACCGUCUGCGGCAAUUUCUUCGACCUCCUGGACGCGGGAAAUGUGCCACUCCAACGGCGAACCAGCCCAUUUCUCUUCCGCGGCGCACAUGUCGCACCAAACGGGGGCCAAGCCUCGCCGAGUCCCGCGGUGUGCAGUUGA